AUGUUCUCUAAAAUGGUAUCCAAGCUGACAUCCCUGCAGCAGGAGCUCCUCAGCGCCCUGCUGGACUCAGGAGUUACCAGAGAUGUUCUGAUCCAGGCCCUGGAUGAUAUGGACCCCAGCCCGCCGAGCUUUGGAGUAAAACUGGAGAACCUGCCUAUGUCUCCCGCUCCUCCCCAGAGCGCCAGUUUGAACGGGGCGGACAGCGACUCGAAGCCCGUCUACCACACACUCACCAACGGCCACAGUAAGGGCAAGCUGUCCGGGGACGAGGGCUCCGAGGACGGGGACGACUACGACACCCCGCCGAUACUGAAGGAGCUCCAGUCACUGAACACGGAGGAGGCCGCCGAGCAGAGGGCGGAGGUGGAGCGCAUGUUGGCAGAGGAUCCAUGGCGUGCUGCCCGCAUGAUCAAAGGUUACAUGCAGCAGCACAACAUCCCCCAACGGGAGGUGGUGGACAUCACAGGGCUGAACCAGUCUCACCUCUCCCAGCACCUCAACAAAGGCACUCCCAUGAAAACACAGAAGCGAGCGGCCCUCUACACCUGGUAUGUCCGGAAACAGCGGGAAAUUCUCAGACAGUUCAACCAGGUAGUGCAAGGUUCUGGCACCAAUAUGACAGACAAAGGCAAUCAGGAUUCGAUGUUUUUUUAUCCAGAGUUCAACCCGUCUGGUCAGGGCAUGAGUCAGUCGGGUGACGAGGUCGGCAGCGAACCGUCCUGUAAGAAAAUGAGACGUAACCGUUUCAAAUGGGGGCCUGCAUCCCAGCAAAUCCUGUACCAGGCCUAUGAACGGCAGAAGAACCCCAGUAAGGAGGAGAGGGAAGCUUUGGUGGAAGAGUGCAACCGAGCUGAGUGUCUUCAGAGAGGUGUCUCCCCUUCCAAAGCCCAGGGCCUCGGCUCUAAUCUGGUAACUGAAGUGCGAGUCUACAACUGGUUCGCCAACCGGCGCAAAGAAGAGGCCUUCAGGCAGAAGCUGGCCAUGGAUGCCAUCAGUGUGCCGACCCACAGCCUCAACCCUCUGCUGUCACAUGGCUCCCCACAUCAUCCCCAGACCAGCACUUCACCUCCCAUGCGUUACAGCCAAGGUCCGGGUGAGGUCAGCUCCUCCACGACCAUCAGUCACCACAACAGCAACGCAAUGGCAACCAGCCAGUCGGUGCUCCAUCAGGUGUCUCCGGGAGGAUUGGACCACAGCCACAGUCUGUUGUCACCUGAUGCCAAGAUGAUUUCCGGUUCAGGCGGAGGACUUCCUCCAGUCAGCACGCUGACAAACAUCCACAGUUCCCACCACAGCCAUCAGCAGACACAGAACCUCAUCAUGCCUCUAUCUGGAGUCAUGGCCAUAGCACAGAGUCUAAACACAUCGCAGUCUCAGACAGUGCCAGUGAUCAACAGCGUGGCGGGCAGCCUUGCGGCGCUGCAGCCAGUGCCGUUCUCUCAGCAGCUCCACAGCCCCCACCAGCAGAGCCUGAUGCAGCAGUCUCCCAGCCACACGAGCCAGCAGCCGUUCAUGGCUACUGUCACACACUCGCACAUGUACCCUCACAAGCAAGAGCCCCCUCAAUAUUCCCACCCAUCACGUUUCCCUUCGGCCAUGGUGGUCACAGACGCCAGCAACAUCAGCACCCUAAGCUCCAUGUCCUCAAGCAAGACGUGUCCUCUUCAAGCUUGGUGAGAGCGUCCAUCUGACUUCCUCGGUGCCCAGCAACAGCAGCACAUUUUUCCACCUGCUCGAUGGUGUAACCAUGACAACUCCUAAUAACCGGCAACAGUGUGCUGGAUGGGUCGGUCAACAAACGAGAGGAGUGAGGAUGGUGGGCCAGGUGAUGAAAAUUAGAAAUGAGGACAGAGAAGGAAAAAAAACUAUCUGCACCUGAAAGUGAGGAGCCUGGAUUCCCCUCUGUCACACACACAUGAUCAAUAAGGAUGUAUGAUUUUGACACAAUCUUGGCAAACAGUAUUCAAUUUUCCUGCCCCUUUCUAAAAAAUGUACAGUCAUUCUCUUUUGUGACAUAACAAAGGAACAAAAACAAA